CGUGAACAAUGUACCCGCUUACAACAGAACAGUAGCACACUGACCAGGCCAGUCUCUCACCCAGAGUCAAGAUGGAGGUCGACAGACUUGGAAAACUCGCUGCUAUGAUAGGCGUGAUAGCCAUCAUUAUGGAGAUCGCAGGGUUCGCCACCCGGGGGUGGAUACGUUUCAACCACGUUAUUAAUGAUUUUGGCCUGGCAAAAGAGAUUUUAUUGAAAUUUGAACUCGGACUUUGGUCAGUUUCCAUUUGUAUGAAUGGCGUGUGUGCCACGACCGACCAGAAGCAGUGGGAGACUGACCCCUCUGUCCAAAGAUAUUCCGAAUUGCUGGAUAUUGACCGCUACAAGGUGCUAGCCGGACUGGCCAUUGGUGGCGGCGCCGUCAGUUUGUUGUUCCUGGUACUUCACAUCAGGAGACCCAUCCUUGUCAGCAUGUGCUAUGGUCUGUUGUCACUGGGAGGAUUUGCCGUCUCGGGUACCUUGUUGUGGUAUGUGGUCGGGAAGUUUGCGAAGCUGGCGACAAACCUCCAUCCGACUUUGUCCAAUCCCGACGGGUUAACCGCCAUGACUCCCUACUCGGUUGUCGUCGCAGGCAUUGGAGCCGCGCUCUCGUUCGUCGUGGCGGUGUUGAUCUUCGUUGAGGUGUUCCGCACCUCGUGUCUUGGGGAAGGAGGGAUCAUCGUCAACAAAUACCCUUCUGUUCCGCACAACACCCUGGUGAACAUCAACCAUCACGUGACCGCCAUGCCACCCCCGAUGCCCACUCAGACGACUCAUGUCGGGAUCACUCUACAGAAUCCCCGUAUGUAAUCCAGCGGAUGAAUUUUCACACAUGUAAAUAAAAAGGAAGAUAGAAAAGUAUGUCAUUCAAAGCAUGAAUACCGAGUAAAAAUGCACCAUAGUGGAUAUUACCCUGUACUAUAUAUAACGUGUGUGUAUAUGCGUAUUGAUGGACUUCACCAAGUGUACGUCUAGGACUAACAUGCUGUGAAUAUUGUCAUUUUGAAUCGGAAGUUGUCCCAUUGAUGUCAUUGGUGAUAGUGUUACGCACUGUGUAAUAGGAAACUGUAUUAAAUACAUUAACCACGGGAACAAAUAUAGCCCAUACUUCCCAUGUAUCUUAUAUGAGGUUACCCAUUACGCUGUUAUAAAUGUUUGAAGCUCUCUGGUGACUAAGAAUGUGUUGUUUUUUUGGUUUCAUUACUGUAAAUAAUUCGGUUGAAUUCUGUCACUAUUUUCGUGAGAUCUUGUUUUUGUAAUAGUUGUAUUUUCAACAACGACAUGUUCGGGAUAAUGUCUUGGGCAGCAUGGCAUUCUAAACAAAUGUAAAAUCUAUAGCAUACCACCUUGUAUGUAGAGUUGACCUGCCAUAAGCAGCGAUGUUUGAGUGGCAAUACACUGGCGGAAGUUGCAACGUCACAUGUCGGUUCAGACGUCCUCCUUAUAAAUAAAACAAAUGUUAUCACGGAU